AAAAGACCCACACACCCGAGGCUGAGCUCACUCGCAGUCGAUAAUAAAUUUUCGAUCUAACAACAAAAACAACCGCUUCUAGGGUUUGGCCGGAAGAAUCAUUUACAGCAAUGGCGAUGGCAGCUGCUUUGAGACGCGAAGGAAGGAGAUUUGCCUCCCCUCUCAUUUCCCCUCAACCAAUCACCCCCGUCCGAUCCGCUCUCAUCCCCGAGGAGCAUGUCCCUCUUGGAGUGCGUUCCAUUUCAACUCAAGUUGUUCGGAAUCGGAUGAAAAGUGUCAAGAACAUUCAGAAAAUUACGAAGGCUAUGAAGAUGGUUGCAGCCUCAAAGUUGCGAUUAAUUCAAUCUAGAGCUGAAAAAUCUCGUGGCCUAUGGCAACCAUUUACUGCGCUUCUUGGAGAUACUCCUAGUGUUGAUGUAAAGAAGAAUGUGAUUGUCACCGUAUCUUCGGACAAAGGUCUGUGUGGUGGAAUUAACUCUACAGCAGUCAAGGUCAGCAGGGCCAUUAACAAGUUGACUUCAGGUCCUGACAAAGAAGCUAAAUUUGUCAUCUUGGGAGAAAAGGCAAAGGUGCAGUUGAUACGUGAUUCAAAAAAGAGCAUUACAAUAUGCAUGACAGAGUUGCAGAAGAAUCCUCUGAAUUAUACCCAGGUCUCUGUUCUGGCAGAUGACAUUUUAAAGAAUGUGGAAUAUGAUGCUUUGAGGAUUGUCUUCAACAAGUUCCAGUCAGUAGUCUCAUUUCUUCCAACUAUGACAACUGUAUUAUCUCCUGAGGUUGUGGAGAGAGAGGCUGAAUCUGAUGGGAAGCUUGGUGAUCUUGAUUCCUAUGAGAUUGAAGGUGGUGAAACAAAGGGUGAAAUACUUCAGAAUCUUGCCGAGUUCCAGUUUUCUUGUGUUCUGUUCAAUGCGGUAAUGGAGAAUGCUUGCAGUGAGCAAGGUGCAAGAAUGUCUGCUAUGGACAGCUCAAGCAGAAAUGCUGGAGAUAUGCUUGAUCGCCUGACACUGACUUAUAACAGAACUCGUCAAGCAUCUAUCACAACGGAGUUGAGUGAGAUUAUAUCCGGAGCAGCUGCACUGGAGGGUUAAAAUUGAAGAUAUCAUGCCUCUGGUUUUGCAGACAGUGACGAAUAAGAUAUUAUCAAUGGCUUGGAACUUCAUGGUGCUAUCUUUUGAGGUUUUUGUUUAGCGACUAUAAUAAUCCCCCAGCAUUGUUUUCUGUUUUUGGGAAUUAAAAAUAAAGUCCAUGAUGGAUAACGGUUUAUUUUUA